AUGGUGGUCCAAGAGAAUGGCCAUGUGCCAAAUACUGUGAUCAAGCAGGAAGGGAGAGCCUCACCUCGUCCCUCCUCGGUGAAAUCGAGAAGUCCGAUUCGGUGGACAGUUGGAUUGAUUGUACGCUUAUGUAUAUGGUAUACUCUACUCACCCCCUUUCUACGAUGCCCGUCGCGUCUCGCCGACUUAACCGACUCAUCGCCGCAAGUCUGCAAGCCUUAUCUGAUUGCUCGGUCGCACGUGGAUCCUUAUGUCACACCAUAUUACGACACAUACGCGGCACCAUAUGUUGACCAGGCCCGCCCCUACGUGGAGAUUUUCAACGAGCAGGUUUAUGCGCCUGUUUCCAAGGUCGCCAAGUCCGGUUACGAAAAAUAUGGAGACCCCGCAUGGCAGCAGGUUCAAGUCUAUGGCGCCGCGCAAUGGAACGCCCAGGUCACGCCGCGCCUACAAGCCGCCCAGCACAAAGUGUAUCAACUUUAUGCAGCAGAGGUGGAUCCGUAUGUUCAACAAGGUGUCGCCGUAGUAUCUCCCUACUAUCAAAAAGCCAGCAGUACUGCGACCACCGUCUACUGGAAUCAUUUUGUGCCCUUCUAUACUCGUUCCCAGCCCUUCAUCGGCAAGACCUACACUGCUGGUCAGGAUGUAUUGAUCACCCACGUCGUCCCUGGUGCCCAGUAUACUUGGUCAUCUGUGGUCUACUUCGCAAAUAGCUCUCUGUGGCCACACCUCACCGGGCUCUACUCUGAGCAGGUUGAGCCUCAGCUCGUCAAGAUUGGCCAGCGCCUGGCCAGCUAUCGUGAUGGUAAACGCCUCCGGGCGGUCGUUGAAGAUGUGGAUAGCGCUUCUUCUGAGAAAACCGUCUCUUCGACCAUUCCCAGCUCCCACGUACCGCUUCGCCCCUCCAACAGCGUGUCUACAACCACAACUUCAACUGCCACGACGACCACCACGAAGGAAACCCCGACUCUGCAGCCCACUCUCUCGCCAGAGGAAGUUGCCCGGGAAGCCCGGAAGCGGAUCGACUCCGAUCUCGAAAGAUGGCAGGAAAAGUUUGCGCUCGCUGCCGACAGGGGAGUGGAGGAUAUGGAAGAACGUAUCGAGGAAAUCGUGUCGGCUCUCAUUGCUAGCAGUGCGAACAGUCACGGCCAAAGUCUCUCCACGGCUCUCCAGACUGUGGCGUCGGAGAAGGUCUCCUCCAUCCAGCAACGGAUUAAUGACCUUACGGCUUCACUACCGGAGAUGGAUGCCCCUGAAGAGGAACAGGUCGCCCGUGACCAGCUUGUUAGUGAUAUCCGUACCUCUGCGAUCUCUGUCAGAAAUCGUGCCCACACCCUCCGCGAGUGGUCGGUGUCUUUUGAAGAGGAACUCCUGCGCAGGGUUUCCGCUGCAGUUGAUUCCACACUUGAUGUCCUCGAUAACAUUCGUGAUCUCGGUCUCCAAGAGAUUGGUAUGCGGUGGGCAUGGACGGACAAUGUGACCUAUAAGGAUUGGGCCAGAUACCACGCUCUUAAGGCCCAGAUCGACGACUGGCGCAAUGAGAUUCGAAAGGUCGGCAUGAAUCACCCAUCGGUCGCCAACGCGAAGGCCGUGGCCUCUGAGAUCGUAGAGAACGGCAUGUAUGUUGCCGAGGAUACUGCCAAAGAACUCAUCAGGCUAAAGGAUGUUGGUCAUUGGAAAAUUGCCGCUCGGGAGGUCGGCGACAACUUUGAGACCAGAACCGAGUCCCCUCCACCCCUGCCCAAGCCACAGGAGGAGGAGCCUGAGGAGACCGAGGAAACUGAGAAUGCCAACAGUGAUGAGGCUGUUGAGGACAUUCCUGAGACACAUGAAUCGGCUGCUGAGUCCGAGUCGGAUGCCUCGAUCGAAGAUGAUCAGGAGGACGUGGCCGCUGACUCCAAGCCUGCUUCGGCAUCCGAUGAAGAGGAGAUUGAAGUAGAAGAUGAUGCGUCCACCUUGAAUGAUGAUUAUGAGAAUCUGCAAGCGUCUGGAAAGCCUGCCUUUGGUGUUGCUGCCGCGAAUGCCAAUACCCGACAAGAGCCUAUCAUCGACCAGGACGAUCAGGAUGUUUUCCACAACUUCGCCAGCAAAGCUAGUGGUGUCUAUGAAGACGCGAGCUCUGCUCUGGCCGAUUCGACUUCCCAGGCAAAGGUCCUCUACGAAAUUGCCAAGUCCCAGGUGAUCGGACAGAUGACUCAAUCCAGCGCUCCUGCGCACGAACAGAUUCUCUCUUCCAUUGAGUCCGCCUAUUCUGGGGCAGUGCAAUAUGCUACAAAGGAGUUCGAGUCAAGGCUAGGCGGUGUUCAAGCUACUCCCACGCCAUCUGGUCCCCUUGCUCAGAUCUCAUCCGUUGCAUCCUCGCGACUCAGUGAAGGUCUCAGUCUCGCUUCCCAACAGCUCGCCCAGGUCCGUCAAGUAGAGCCUACCUCCACCUCCAACGGUGUUCAGCCAUUUGUUCUGGAUGCCCAGCGCCGCUACUAUGAAGCUGUCGGUCUGGCUCACGAUCACUACACUGCUUUCGUUUCAACGGCGUCCGAAGCUGUCUAUGGCACUCCGGCUCCCACCCCUGCUCCUUUGAGUUUCCAGGAUAUUAUCGAUGGAGCUGGAUCCCAGUAUUCACAGGCUUCUUCCCUGGCUUCUGCCAGUCUCGCCGCGGUAGUCGCUUCUGCAAGCUCUAUCAUCUCCUCUGCUGAUGACGGCAAGGCCCAGGGUAUCAUUGAUGAUGCUUCUUCCCGAUAUAACGCGGCUAUUUCCGCCGCCUCUUCCUCGCUCUCUCUUGCGUCCGCUUCUGCCAGCUCCGCCCUGUAUGGUACAACUUCUGGGGCUCUGGAGUCUCUUUCCAGCCAGGCAUCUGAGAACUGGGAGGGCCUCGUGUCCAAGGCUAGUGAACAGAUCUAUGGCACGCCGGAGCCAUACUUCCAGCAGGCGGUGCACAACCACGUCCCCCAAUUCGACGCUGUCAAGGACGUUAUCUCCGAGCUGCUUGUAGGUAAGCAGCCUUCUUUCACAGAAAGCGUCUUGAGCAAGCUUCGCGUUGCAUACGAGACCCCCUACCCAGCAGCUGCAGUGUCCUCUGCGUCUAGCUAUGCGGGUGAAGAUUACGGAUCCGCCUCCUCUGUCGCCGAGGCCUAUGCUACCAAUGUCCCUAGUGUGGAGGAGGCAGUGGAAAAGGCCAAUGAUCAGUUGAGCGAUGCCGUCAAGGCUGCAGUCAAUGCCUACUCCGCCGCGUCCAGCCACGUUAGUGAAGCUGUCCAUGGAAAGGAGUCUGGCUAUAUUGACGUCGCCAAGGAUGCCAUUGAGGACAUCCAGUCCAAGGCCAGCGCUGCAAUCUACGGCGAAGAACCGGGUGCCGUUGAAAGUGCGACUAGCCGCAUUGCCGAAGCUGUCCAGCAUGCCCAGUCCCAGGUGGCUGGUCUUGCUUCCAGCGCCAGCAGCGCCGCGUCAGAGGCAGCCGAGACCGUCGCCUCCCAUGUUGAGGAUACCACCAGCAGCAUUAAGGCUGCGGCUUCCUCUAGCAAAGAUGAGCUGUGA